UCCAAUUAUUAUUAUUUUUCUUUCUAAAUAGUCGAUAAGAACUGGCAAUACUAGUAUUCCAGUUUGGCAAUUUGUGUUCGGCUGCCAUUGUUAUUUUUCUUCUCCCCAAACGAUGACCACCAGCCUCGGCAGAAUGUCUCUUCAUCCCAUACCUGUAGGUGUGUUGCUGGUAGUAAUAGUAUCACUUGCACUUCUCCAUUCGUCCGUCAAAUGCAGUAGCGAGGAAAGCACCGCAAGUAGCGACAUUGACAAGAUGGCAGCGGACCGUUCCGGACAUCUGAAGCCACUCGGAUCGCAUCGUCCACCGGAUGGCGACGUAGAGAUACUUGACUACGUUCCACAUCCCAUUGACUUCUACGAGAACUACGUAAAGGCGAGCAAGCCUGUGCUGCUGAGAGGUGCAACGAAGGGCAGUAGAGCGUAUAAGUUAUGGAACGAUGAGUACUUGACGGAGAAAUUUGGCCAUCUAAUUGUGAUGACGGAGCACGGCAAGAAGGAGAAUCGCUCAGAGGGGACCAGUACCAUUCAGCUGAAAACAUUUGUAAAACGCUACAUGGCUUCGGAUGAGUACAUGGUGGAGACUCUUCCCCCGCCUAUGCGUGAGGACUUUCAACUCCUCAAGUGCAUGCUCUGUGGAGGAUUCACAAAGUACCUGCGCGAUGCUGUGAUGUGGUUCAGCAGUGGGGGUACCAAGUCAGUGUUCCACUACGAUAAUGUGGAGAACAUUAACUGUCUAAUGAGCGGAUCAAAGGACCUCUUCCUCGCAAACAAGUCGUAUGCAGAGCUGGCGCACAUGAUACCAGGCAAUGCUCAUAGCAAGGUGGAUGUUGAUAGUGUGGACAUGGACACAUUCCCAGGCCUAGGCCGCAUCCCAUGGUGGAGAGCACACAUGGAACCCGGCGACUGCUUCUACAUCCCACACAAGUGGUUCCAUCAGAUUCGUUCUUAUGACCGCAACCUGGCCAUCAAUAUCUGGUGGGUUCCCGUACCGCAGUUUCAUGAAGACGAUUGCUAUGUCGACGGAAAACUGGACGGGGAGCGUAAGGAUCUUGAUGACUACUCCUCUCUUAGCAACUUUGGCUUCACGGCUGGUGAGGCUUCAAGAAACGAUAUGCUUGAACGACUGAAGGAGCAAAAGUCGAAGAAACUUAGCAAAGACCUGCUCAUGGAAUUCAUUGCUGACUCGCUUGGAGGAGAAGAGGAUGAGGAGAAAGCUGAGCGGCUGUUCCAGGAGCGUGCAGCGGCUGUGGCUGAGAUGAUUGAAGUGGGUGAUGUUGACAAGGACGAUGCACUAGAUGGCCCUGAGGUCACUUCACUGCCUGGUAGCAUCAUUGUCAAAGUGUUUGGAUCCGAUGUGGAAGAAGGAGCCGGACCACAAGACGAGAGAGUCGUCCGUGACUACUAUGCUCACGAGAACCCGGAAAUAGAGGCCGACGAGUUAGACAGUGCAGAGGUGGAACUCCCGGAAGGUUUUGAGUUCCCGGAGGACUUUGACCCAGACACAUAUGAUAUGACUGAAUACCUGCGCGCUGUAGAAGAGGAGAAGCAGCGCCAGAGUCAGUCUGAAGCUGAGUUGGAUGACAUUCGCUCCAGUGACAGCAAACACACUGAACUUUAGAUCACAAUGAGUGUCGCUGGUCUUGUGCUGAGCCUACUUUUCAACUUCAGCAGCCAAGUCAUAUGAUCGACCUUCUUUCUUUGAUCCCUCCUGGUAUGUUGAAUAUACUCUUUUUGCUGUGACACAUUUAUAUUUACACCGCUGAUGUCCUGGUUUGUUUCUGCACCCGCUGCUGGAAGCUUUAUAAUCCGAAGGCAUGCGUGUGUAACUUGUAGCCAGAAAGUUUAUUUGUGGAUAUGAUUGUACACCCACCCAUCCCGACAGCAUCCGUAUCCCAGUUACUAUGCCACCGGUAGUUCGAUGAUAACAGUUACAUGCACCUACCUCUCAUGAGUAUCCUAUAUCCAUACAGGUGACCUUCCAAGCAAGUAUCCUAUAUCACUAAUAUCCAUACGGUGAACUUCCAAGCAAGUAUCAAAUUGACUUUCCUUAUUUGUAAGAUGUUUGUCUAUACUGUUGCUGAUAUGAAUUUUGGUUUCAGCCCAAAGGUGCGUUGGUUUAAAAAAAAACAGCGUAUUUUUAUUGUAGAUUUACUUUAUAAAGCAGAUACGACACGUGGUAUUAUUUGUAGUAUUUGAUCUCUCUUUCCCUUUCGUUGUGUGCCUUGCGAUCGUCGUAUAACAUUUUACACAUACAUGUCGACAUAUAAGAAAUGCUUACAGUACAAUUAUCCUUUCUUUUAGCUAUAUUUGAUUAUCACUUUAACCUGAACUAUUGUAUUGACUAACUGCAUGUUGUACUGGCACCAGAA